AUGAGGACCCUCACUGCGUGGAUUUGCGUGUGCAGCUUUCUUCUGCGCUUAGAUGAGACAGCGAGUUCAUGGGACGGCUCCUCGGCAUUGUCGGCGCUCCAGGCCGACGGGCCCGAAGUUGCCGGAACGCCGUCGCAAUGGGUGGACUGCAUCCAGGCGAGCGACAUGUGCAACCAGGAUCCCCGCUGCAGUUCUCGAUACCGUGUGAUGCGCCAGUGCUUGGUGGGCAAGGAGAAAGAAGCCAUGCUGGACAACAACCGGGAGUGCCAAGCGGCCCUCGGGGUGCUGCUGGACAGUCCUCUCAACGACUGUCGCUGCAAGAGGGGCAUGAAGAAGGAGCUGCAGUGUCUGCAAAACUACUGGACCAUCCACAUGGGAAUUUCUGAAGGCAGCGACGUGGACGACUCGUCCCCAUAUGAACCAGUGGCCCUGGGCCGACAGCAGGAUGCAUUUCGCUUGGCUUCCAUCUCCUCAGGGAUGCUGACAGUGGCCCCGAAAGGUUUCCACUGUGCCGACGCCGAGCGAACGUGCAACCCUUGCCUUGACGCGGCCAAAGCCUGCAAUCUAAAUGGCACCUGCAAGAGACACCGCUCGGCCUACAUCGCCACCUGCAGCAAGGAGGACCCCAACAAGGGGGAAACCUGCAGCAAAAAACGCUGCCACAAAGCGCUGCGGCUCUUCCUGGACCGCGUCCCCACUGAGUUCAGCCACCGCCUGCUUUUCUGCCCCUGCCAGACGGAGGGCUGCGCCGAGCGACGCCGCCAGACCAUCGUGCCCGAUUGCUCCUAUAAAGAGAGAGAAAAACCCAACUGCCUGGAGCUGAGGACGCUCUGCCGCCAAGACUCUCUCUGCAGGUCCAGGCUGGCCGAUUUCAUGGCAAACUGCCGCAGCAUGCCACCCACGGUGAGCACCUGUCCCAACCAAGACAAUCACCAAGCCUGCCUGGCCUCCUACACAAGGCUCAUCGGGACGGACAUGACGCCCAACUAUGUGGACAGCAGCUUCACUCACUGGACCGUCUCGCCCUGGUGCACCUGUAAAGGCAGCGGAAAUCAGGAAGAGGAAUGUACCAACUUUCUGGGGAGCUUCACCGACAACACUUGCCUGAGAAAUGCCAUCCAGGCGUUCGGUUACGGGCUGGACUACAUGGUCGGUAAGAACGGGUCCCUCGCCGACCCGGCCGCCACGCCGAAGACUGGGCUGGAUCAGUUGGCGGAAUCGACCACCGAGCCUCCCUUUGUGACCAUUGUGAAGUAUCCCGAACCGAGAGACGGCGGACCCGGCAAACCCCAGGGCCUGCCAGAGGAUCACUGCGCCUGUGUGCGUGCCAACGUCUGGGCUUUGCUUCCCGGCCUGGCUUUGGCUCUGCUCCGGGCUCAACAUGCCUUAUAG